AUGACCCCCAGAACCCUCCUCGCUGGCGGCUUGCUCGCAGCUGCCGCCCGUGCCAUGCAGCCCAGUGCUGCGAAGCCCGUCGCCGCCCCCAUGCGCGAUCUCCAGUGGGCCCAGCUCAACUUCCUCCACACAACCGAUACCCAUGGCUGGCACGGCGGCCACUUGCAAGAGUCCCAAUACUCGGCCGACUGGGGUGACUAUGUCUCUUUCGCCCAUCAUAUGCGCAACAAGGCCGACCAGCGGGGCGUCGACCUGCUCGUCGUUGACACCGGUGACCGGGUCGAGGGCAACGGCUUGUACGACGCAUCUCGGCCCAAGGGACAGUACACAUAUGACAUAUUCAAGGAGCAGGACGUAGACAUCAUUUGCACCGGAAACCACGAGCUGUAUCUAGAUGAUACUGCCACCCGUGAGUGGAAUCAGACCGUGCCCAACUUCAAGGACAGCUACCUUGCCUCCAACCUGGACUACAUCGACCCAAAGACCGGCGAGGCCAAGCCCAUGGCCCCGAGGUACAAGAAGUUCCAGACCAAGAACCAGAAGCUGAACGUCGUGGCUUUCGGCUUCCUGUUCGACUUCACCGGCAACGCCAACAACACCAUCGUCCAGCCCGUUUCCAAGACGAUCAAGGAGGAAUGGUUUCAGAAUGCCAUAAGAGAGAAGCCUGAUGUGUUUGUGGUGAUUGGACAUAUCGGCCUGCGGAUGGACGAGAUCAAACAGAUAUACAACGAGAUCAGGAAGCAAAACUGGUUCACCCCACUCGCCUUCUUUGCCGGCCAUGCCCAUGUUCGCGAUGCCAUCAGUUUGGACGCCAAGACUUUCGGCAUCGCAAGUGGGAGGUAUUUUGAGACCAUCGGGUGGAUGUCCAUCGACGGCAUUGCGAAAAAGUCAAAGGACGUGGAAACGACAGCUGUGUCUUUCAACAGGAGGUAUAUCGACAACAAUCUGCUGGGCCUUUAUCAUCACACAGGGCUCAACGAGUCUACAUUCCCCACAGAGCAUGGCCGCAAUGUCAGUGAGCUCAUUGCCAAGGCUCGGACGGCCCUGGACCUGGACCAGAAGUUUGGCUGCGCACCUCAGGACUACUGGAUGGCCAGGACGAAAUAUCCGAGCAACGAUAGCGUCUUCACAUUGCUCGACCAGCAGGUGCUGCCUGACAUCAUCGCGAAAGAGUCGCGGAAGGACAUCCCAAGGCUUGCCAUCAUCAACACCGGUGCUAUCCGCUUCGACAUCUUCAAGGGCCCUUUCACUAUUGACACCACCUACAUCGUCUCCCCGUUUCAAAGCAAGAUGGCCUAUAUCCCUGAGGUGCCUUACAGCGCUGCAAAGAAGGUGCUGCCUCUGUUGAACAGCGAAGGUCAGAUCCUCGACCAGCCAGCCUUCGACGCGAGGAUGAUGGGCCCACCUGAGCAGUGGCACAUUACUGAGGAUAUUAUAUAUCCAAACCCGACACCUGUAGAACGUCUGCUGCAAGGCGGUGGCCAGAAGCCCCUGGGCGAUGCUAAAGAUGACCCGGACCUUGUCGGUGGGUACACCACCAAGGAUGACAUCGGGACUGAUGGGGAUGAUGCUGUGCACGCCCCUAUCAACUUCCACACACAGCCAAACUGCAUCCAGGCAAAGAUUGGCAUGCCGCCUGAAGGCGAACCAGAGACUGUUGAUCUGGUGUUCACCGACUUCAUAACGCCCUGGGUCAUCAUGGCUCUGAAGUUCAGUGGUGGCGACUACAAUGAGACAAGCGUCCAGUUGUGGGACGAGGCUGCCUUCACGGACAUGGUGGCCAAGUGGGUCAAGGAGAAUUGGAAGGGCAAGUGCUAA